AUGGACAAUUCUUCCGCAUCAAGAUCAAGGACUUCUUCCAUGGGUGCCGACGACAACGAGGAGGAGAUCCCUAGGAGUAUCGCUUCAAUACGAUCAAGAUUUGAGAAUUUGGCCGCGGCAAACGGUCCAACCGUUAUAAAUGGUCUGCAAACGUCUUCUUCCGGUACUAAGAAUGGGUACGCCUCCAGGGGAAGUGUGGAUAUGGGCAAAGCUGCGAGUCUAGGUUUCAAUGGGGAUUGUAGCGCUGUUAAGCCUUCUGCCAUUUCGAGACCUUCUACCCCUGCGCCGAGUUCCUCUUUAGCAGUCCCAUCAUCGCCAAAACUUUCGGUUCCCGAUACAAACACCGUUCCACCUCGACCUAAAACGCCAAAGCCUGCGCUCAAACGCAACGGAUCCACAACACCCGCAUCAAAUCACUCGUCGACUGUCGCCCCUUCCCAAACCUAUCAACCAUCUGACUUAGCGCCAGAAAACCGCGCUUCCUUAGCGUCUCCUGAUCCAUCUCGCCCUACGUCGCCGAACCCCAACAGACGUCCACCACCCACUGUACCAAGCAAACCUUCUUCAGCUGUAGUGACUCCCAGUGGAUCAGACGAUGGAUCAGAAGAAGAUCGUUUCAUCUCUGUCAAAGCGCUCAGAGAACGCUUCAGCAAUGGACCCAACGUAGAAGCCUCGUCAUCGAGCGUACCUCUUCCAAGAUCAAUGUCCGAUGCUCCUAUCAAAAGCGCGCCUGCUAUGACCGUCAAGCAAAUUUCUGCACCGACCAUCAAGCGGACUUCUGCCGACGGCAAGACAGAGAAUCCCGUAUUACUAUCCCCGCCAAUCGAGCCCAAAGUGGAUAUGCCAUCCUCUCCUAUACCUAUCAAUGAUAUUUCCCAUCCACCCAUCUCACGUACUUCUUCACCCGCUCCACCAGCACCCAAUCGAGCUCGCAAACCACCGCCUCGUAUAACACCGAGUCCAGUAUCCUCCGUGUUUUCCAGCCCUGCUAUUCCGCAAGAAGAAACAUUGCCCGAUACCCGCCCUGCACCGCCUCAACUCCCCCAGAGAAAACUCACAAUCGCAUCACCAGACACCCUCGAACCAAUACCACCACCACUUCCUUCCCGGUCCAGAGCAAAUACAAUAAGCAAAGCAGAGAAUGAAACUAUGUCAUCUACAUAUUCACCUCCACCACCUCGCCUUCCUACACGGAACGCCACCGUGCCUCCUGGUGGUGCUGCCCCUCCUCCUUCCCAUCCAUCUUCCCCUGCGCGGAGUCGAGACAACACCAAUGAGCUUCCACCUCCACCUAUACGCAGUGCGCUCAUGCACAAGACAUCCAUCUCCACUUCGUCUCCCCCUCGGCGGCGGAACAACUCUGGGGAGAAAGAGAAAGAAGAAGGUUACUCUGAAGAUGAAGAUGACGAGCCUGAGGACACUUCGGCUUUGGCUGGGCUGUCUGCGGCCGCCAAGCGAAUGUUGGAUGAUUUUCCGGAUUCAACAGAAGCCAAUCGACGUCCACCAAACUUCAAGCCUGACCUUCGGAUUCGAGAUUGCCACCAUGUCUCUGCAUUUGCAAUGUUUGGUCGGUAUGUCUGCACAGGUUCUCAUCAUGUCAGGAUAUACGACACUCAACUGAGUGAACAACCGAUAUUUAUUAUUGAUCUCAAAGAGGUGGGACUCGAACACAAGAAAGAUCCUAGAGUGACGACGAUGUGUUUUCGACCCGGUGCGACCUUAGCUGAAGAAGGCAGAUAUUUGUGGUGUGGAACGAAGGACGGUCAUCUAUGGGAAUUGGACAUAUCUACUGGAGCGAUCACUUCGACAAAAGCAUCAGCUCAUAAUUUCCCAGUGUCUCAUCUAUUCAGACACCGUAACAAUCUCAUUUCUAUCGACGAGUCUGGCAAAAUGCUGGUAUACGAGAUAGCUGAUGUGGAAGGGAAAUCGCCAACGUUAAGUAGGACAUUGAGGAUAGCAGAAAAGUUCACCUUUGCCAAAAUGAUAUGCGGUAAGCUAUGGACAUCAUCUGGACCCGCAUCGAGAUCCACUACUUCGGCAAGCACAUCAAGAGGGCCAACUGUACGAAUAUACGAUCCUUGUUCUGAUGGUAAUAUGCCACCUGCAAAAGUUGCCUUUACAACCGAAUGGACAGGUGCCGUUACCUCUGCGACUCUCAUCCCAAUGAAGGGCGAUACGAUAUACCUAGGGCAUGAAGGUGGUUUCAUCUCCCUCUGGGACGCGAAGGAGUUGAAUUGUAUUCAGGUGUUGAAGAUCUCCACCACCGAUAUCCUAUCUCUAGAAGGCGUAGGUGAAAGACUAUGGGCUGGAAAUAGAAAAGGUCAGAUAUCAGUAUACGACGUUAGCAGAAAGCCCUGGUUGACUAUCAAUCAAUGGACCGGUCAUCUUGACGCUCCGGUACAAUCGCUCGUGGUCGACCCUUAUUCGAUCGAGCAUUUGGGUAGAUACACCUGCUGGUCAUUUGCUAGAGAUUGCAUCAGAGCUUGGGAUGGGUUGUUAUCGGUCGAUUGGAUUGAUAAACAAUUACUCAUUCGACAAGCGGAUUACUGUUCUUUCCGGGAAAUAAAGCUUUUAGUCUGUUCAUGGAACAUAGACAGCGUCAAACCGGCUGAUUUGACCGGACCAGAGAACUCCAAGUGGUUAGAGGAAUGCUUGAGAAGUGUCGAUUCACCCGAUAUCAUAGUGUUUGGAUUCCAAGAAGUCAUCCCUUUGACAGAUAAGAAGAUCACUGCUAAAACAAUACUCUUUGGGGGCAAGAACAAGGACUCAUCUUCAUCUUCGGAUAAAGUGUCACACGCUUAUAGAUUGUGGAUCGACAAACUUACACAAUCAGUUAGAAUGGCGACGCCCGCUGAUACCACCUACGUGAAAGUCCAUUCCGAGAAUUUAGUCGGGCUGUUCACCUGCAUAUUUGUGAAGAGUACCGAGAAGGACAGUUUGAGUAGUCUGGAUAUCACUACGGUGAAAAGGGGGAUCGGUGGGAUAUACGGUAAUAAAGGAGCUAUCGUGUCCCGAUUCGUCAUGGAUGAUACGUCAAUCUGCUUCAUCAAUGUUCACCUAGCUGCUGGACAAUCACAAAAAACAGCUAGGAACGCGGAUAUAGCUGCCAUAAUGGAAGACAAAGCUAUCUUCCCUGCGUCAGGAGAAGAAAGGCCUUUUGUCCUCGGUGGUAAUGGAACGGGGAUAUUGGAUCACGAGUUGGUGAUUCUGAACGGUGACUUGAAUUACCGUAUUGAUCAACGUCGUGAAAACGUAAUCUCUUCCAUCUCGGCUGGAGAACUCUCUUAUCUCUUAGAGCACGAUCAACUGCGGAAGGAAAUGAGGAGUAAUCAUGCGUUUAGAUUGAGAAAUUUCGAAGAGGCUCCUAUCACAUUUGCACCUACAUACAAGUAUAAUCCGGGAAGUAAUGACUACGAUUCUAGUGAAAAGAGACGUAUACCCGCUUGGUGCGAUCGUAUACUGUAUCGCAAAUCACCUCACAUCAAAACAAUCAACUAUCGUCGUUAUGAACCGACUGUAUCUGAUCAUCGACCCAUAUCAGGGGGAUAUCAUAUCACACUGAAAGCGGUGAACUCGCUGAAAGAAAUGGACGUGAGAAGGGAAUUAGCCGCUGAAUGGGCACAAAAGGAAAAAGAAAUGUUAACGCAGAUGCAGGAUAACGUUGAUUCCUAUACAUAG